UCUUUUGGCCAAAACACCUAAGAUGGCAGACACAUGAGAGGCUGCUUCCUGGAGCUGUGCGUGGGACUGGAGAGAGGUGGAGCUGGGUAACGCGCGUCCGGGGAGCAGCCUGGAGAUCGGAGCGGAGACGGAGGAGAGGAAAUCUGGAGGAGGGACCCAUUUAAAACAAGAUACAAGGCUGAGAGUCCAGCCCCGUCCUGCAAAGCUCUGGCCCAAACUCAGACUCUCCUGUGGGGCAGAGAAACCUCCAGAAAGCCCCUUCUCUUCCAGGACCACACCACUACAGGAAUGUCACAGUGAACACAAGAAGGAUUUGGAUUUUGAGAAAACUAUGAACCAAACAGGAACAAUGAAGAUGCCACUGAGGAGGUCGUUCAGUGACCACUUCAAAGACUCCACAAACAGAGCCUGGGACGGAUUCUGGAGAAAUGUCCGGGAGAGAAGACUAUGGGAGAUCGAAGCCAGAGAGGCCUGUGAUUGGCUGAGAGCAGCGGGGUUUCCUCAGUACGUCCAGCUUUUCAGAGAUGGAAAGUUCCCGGUAGACCUGGAGUGGGCCAAACAGGACCACAGUUUCCUGGACAAAGACGCACUCGACUCACUCUGCAGGAGAUUAAAAACAUUAAACAAAAGUGCGGAGCUGAGACUGGAGCUGCGCCGAGCCAAAAGAAGGGACGUUGACAGUGAGGAGGAGGACUUCUGUGCACUGAGCCCAAACUGGAGCUACGACCGGAUGUCCAAAAAGUGGAAUCGCAGCGACUCACCCACAGACUCUAACGCAGCCUUCGCCUUUACCCCUCUGCACAACGCGAGUUACAGCUCCUGCAGCUCAGACAGCGAGGGCCUGGACCACACCUCCACUCACACCUGGGGCUCGCCUGGAGUCUCUCCCAAGAACAAGACUCGAUCCCCGGGCACGUGCUCCAGCAGCUGCCCCUCUCCCGGGUCUCCUGGGUCCUCCGGAAGUUUGGACAGAGCGCAGAGGAAAAACGGCACGAGUUUGUUGAGGAAGAUCGAUAAACUCAAACUGAGACGGACCAUAGGAGGUUGGGCAGGGAACAGGAGCCUGGGGAGUUCUGUGGAGGAGGACGACACGCUACAAUGCGCACACAGUCCUCAGAGUCCCAACAGCCCGGUGUCUUCCUGCCCCUCCUCCCCUCAAACCAGCAGCCAAUCAGAGAUCAGCAGCCACAGCCAAUCGGAGACCAGCAGCAGGAGCCACAGCCAAUCGGAGACCAGCAGCAGGAGCCACAGCCAAUCAGAGAGCAGCAGUGUUGUGAGCACGCCCAGCCCAGUGACCCGGGUCCGCAGCAACACCAAAAAAGGGAACUGCUCAGAGACGAGAAGCAACCAGAACGAACAGCAGGAUUAUUUAAACCAGAUAAACCUGUGCCACUCCGGUCCGGACUUUGAGACCUCGCUGAGACUCAAAACCGGGACCUUCCCCAGUCUCCGGGACCGGAUCUUGGACCAGGACUCGGUGAACUGGAGGACCGGCAGUUUCCACGGAUACCAGAGGAGACGGGGCAGCGGGCGUCGCCAUGGCUGCUCUUCCUUAUCGUCGGCCAAUAAGAACGCUCCGAGCUGUGACGUCAUCAGUUCUGAACCGCGCCUCAGUGUUUAUGACAACGUGCAUCCUGUGCUCGAGAGUGAACAUGCUGAGAUGUUCGGGCGGCUGGGCUCUGAAGAGGUCUUCUCAGCUCUGGACCGGGUUUUGGAGCGGAUCACUGACCUCCAGCAGCAAGUCUCGUCCUGGACCCAAGACCUGUCCGAAGACCAGGACGAGGAUUCUAACCAGGACUCGAGCCCAGACCACAGCCCUGAGUCUACAGACCUGACGCACCACAUGGACCAGGAACCAGAGGAGGAGCAGAGACCUGGGGAAGAACAGGACGAGAGACUGAACAGGGAGGAUGGACCCGGCUCCUGGUCUCCUGAGUGUGGUUCAGACCCAGGGGGAGUCCUGGGUCUGUCCUGGUCCAGACUGGCCCUGCUCCAGAAGCUGGCUCUGCUGCGCCUCACAGCUCUCAUGGACAAGUACUCCCCCACCAGCCGACAGGGGUGGAGCUGGACGGUGCCCAAACCGCAGAGGAAGUCCAAAGGGUCAGAGGUGAAAGGUCGCAGGGUGUUUGGAGUCCCUCUGCUGGUAAACAUGCAGCAGACUGGAGAACCGCUGCCCCCUAGUGUCCUGCGGGCCAUGGUGUAUCUGAGAAACGAGUGUGUGGAUCAGAUGGGGGUGUUCCGUAAGUCCGGGCUGAAGUCCAGGAUCCAGGCUCUAAGGGACCAGCUGGAGUCAGGUCCGCACCAGGUCUCGUUCUCUGGCGUUUGUGCGUUUGACGUGGCCGACCUGAUUAAGCAGUACCUCCGAGACCUGCCUGAACCCCUCCUCAGCGCCAAGCUCAACCACACCGUUCUGCACAUUUACCAGUACUUCCCUAAAGAGGUGCAGUUGGAUGCUGUGCAGUCGGCCAUCUUGCUGCUGCCAGACGAGCAACGCGAGGCUCUGAGGACGCUGCUCUACUUCCUGCAUGACGUCGUGUCCAGUUCAGAGGAGAACCACAUGACCCACACCAACAUGGCCGUCUGUCUGGCCCCUUCAAUGUUCCACCUCAGCCUGGGCCGCGGGGACAAUCACCGAAACAGACCAGGCCAGAGGAAGGGCAGUCUGGGUCCGGAUCAGAAGGACCUCAGUGAGAACCUGGCUGCGACUCAGGCUCUGGCCCACAUGAUCUCAGAGGCGCACACACUCUUCCAGCUGCCCGUGUUCUGGCCCGGUUCCACCUGCACCGGUUCAGACUCUGAGGAAGGGGUGUGGUCAGAAUCACCUGGUUACCAUGGAGACUGUGCUGAGGGGGAGGAGCUAAGCGAGUCCUGUCUGAAGCUCCAGAGAAGCACAGAGUCUCUGUUGAAACUGAGCCAAGACCAGGACCAGGUCUGGACCAGUUUCACCACUCCAGAUGGACUACAGCUGGACUACAGGAAGUGCCCAGACCUCAGCCCCCUGCCCUUGUGGAGAGCCAGUCUGGAGCUGGACGUGCCGCCCCCUGUGGUCUUGAGGAGGGUACUUUCUGAGCGCUCUCACUUUGACCCACGUCUACAGCGGGACUCCAGGCUCCGUCCCCUUGGUCCGGACUCAGACCUGUACCAGUACCAGAUUCAGAGCCAGGGACACGAGCUGGGGUCGAUAUCUCCCACCGUCUACAGCCUGCUCAGAUUAUGGCAGUCUGACCCCGCCUCUGGCCCCCUGUAUGUGUCUUCUGUGUCCAUCCCCCAACAAGACGUCCCAAAGACAGUCCAUGUCCACUGCUGCAUGUAUCUGCUCGAGCCCAUAGGCGACAAAAAGACCAGGCUCACCCACUUCUGCACCACCGAAUACAGGGGGCGAUCUUUGGACUGGCACGUCAAAGUGAGUGGACAUCUUUUGGCCAAUGAACUCUUGUCAAUACGAGACUCCUUUGAACAGUAAAUCUACAAUGAAAAUCUGUGAACCUGGAAACUACAUAUCAUUUCAUACCAUUCAUUUGAACUGCUCACUGUGCUGACUCUUUGGCAAAUCCAAAAUGGAGAAGUGACCUUGCAGUGGCUGAGAGUGUCCCAUAAUCCUUUGCUGUGAUGUCCCACUCUCGGCUUCGCUGAAAAGAACCAGAAAAUGUACUCGAUCAUCCUAUAAACUACAGAAUCCUUUGUCAACAUAGUUACCCUUGUCAAAUAUGAAGCAGAUCAUGGAAACGUUGCAUUUGAGUUUAGUUUUGCAUCUGAAUCAGACCUAUUGUGCUUGUGUCUGCUAUGUAGCUAUAAUCUAUGACACCGGUGCAUCUUUAUGUUUAUAAUUUGCACAUUUUAAAUCGCCAUAUUCAUCUAAAACGACUUAAUAAAAGAAAUAAAUCCGCUAUCUUCCACAUUUGAAAACUGUGGUGCCCAACGGGAGCUGACGUCACCGUAAAAGUAAUUGAUGGAGAUGUCAGCACCAGAUUGUUUUUCAUUCGUACCAAAAUUAUUACUCUGCUGAAUCCUACAUAUAAAAUCAGAAAUUGAAGUAAAUACAGAGCAGUGAACAUGUGCCGAUGGCAGUGAUAAAGGGUGAAUGAGGAGGGGAAACGGCUAUAACAUGGUUAAUAGGUCUGCUUUAAGCUACCGAUAUCUAGUCAAGUUCCUCAUCUUGGCCAAUUUCCUUCUUUAUUACAGCCAAUGUAGAAUGGUUACAAGUAGUAGUAGAGUAAAGAUUGCUCAUGAUAAAAAAAGGACAUGUUUUGUGUAUUUUUGAAGCAACAUUUCUAACAUUAAAACAUAUCAAAAUCUCUCAAAUGUAUCACACAAAACCUCUCUUCAAAUUAAAACUGAAGCUAUAUUGUAAAAGUUAUGUAAAUACCGUAUUUUCCGGACUAUAAGUCGCUCCGGAGUCGCACCAGCCAAAAAAUGCACAAUGAAGAAGAAAAAACAUUUAUUAGUCGCACUUUUUGGGGAAAUGUAUUUCAUAAAAUCAGAGACCAGGAACUGAUAUUUCAUCUUGAAAGGCAAGUUAUAGUAACAAUAGAACAGAGAAAAACAGGCUGAAUAGGUGUUAAUAUGUUAACGUAACAUAUUAACAGUUCUUCAGAUAAUUAUAGCAUAAACAACAUAACAUAAGUUUACCAAACUCUGCGUCGCUUCCUCUUCUGCAUAGCUGUUGUCAGACUCAGUAUCAGUUCCAUUUAGAAUUAUUCCAGCCUUUCUGAAUCCUGACAGGAUGGUUUCGGUGUCAAUGAAGUUCAGGCUUUGUCCAAUGACUUCCAGGAAAGUUGCAUAACGCAUCCUCCCAGUUACCAUGAAGCUGUGUUCUCCUUUCCCGCUUUCCGCCAGUCCCUCACAAGUUUCUCGCUCACUCCAAACUUUCUUUCUGCUGCUCGAUUACCGUUUUCAUCUGAAUAUUUCACUCCGUGCAGCAAGACAGUGGCUCUUUCUGCAGGAGACAUGUGCAGUAGAACCAGUGAAGUGACAGUGGUACAAGAGUAAUAGUAGUAGCAGAUACUGACACACAAGCGUAGAGCCUCUCGUGGCUGUCAGUCUGAAAAUUUUAAUAUAUGUCGCACCGGAGUAUAAAUUGCAGGACCACACAAACCAUAUAGUCAGAAAUAUACGGUAAACCAUGGGAAAGUUCACAAAAAGAAAAAACAUAAAAAUAGCUAAGUUUUUUGUUGUUGUUGUUGUUGUUUUUUAUUGGCCUGGACAUUGAUGAAUUAGUCAGAGACCAAAAUGAAACCAUGAUCAUGUUUCUAAACUCUUGUAUAUUUUGUAGAUAAAGUCUGUAAAAACACUCAAUAUUUGUGAAUGUAAAUGUGUGGAACAUAUCUGAUUAUUUGUGCUCAAAGAGGAUUUAUUAAAGGUUUGCUGAUCCUAA